AUAAAGAAGGAUAAUUACAUUUUGGACUGCCUAAAAACUAAUAGUAAGCAAAUGUAUAGGUAUUGUAUGUUAAGUAUAAAUACACAUAAUCAGUGUAUAGGUUUUGGCUAGCAUCAUAAUUAAUUUCGGCCUGGCCAAAAAUGAAAAAUCCCUUAUAAAUAGGCAUGGGAGGUUUUUAUUGAGACAAGCAGAUCUGAAAGAAGAAUAAUAAUGUUUCAAAGCUUUUUGUAUGAAGAGCCAUCUGCAAUCACCACAACAAUAUCUGUGGCGGCCUUUGCGUUUGUAGCCUUCUUUGGUAUCUGUGAAAUUAUAGGGAAACAUCUCCAGUUCUGCAAAUUCUGCAAUGUGAAUACCAACUGUGCUUCCCAUAGUAAUUUUCUGCAGUUAAAACUAUCAAGUAGAAUUGGGAUGCUUAUACUGUAUACCCCAUCUUGUCUUAUGGGCUUUGCUUCCUUUCUGGUCUUCCCACACGUUGGAACUAGGUGUAUGAUGCUUAAAUCUGCUGUUACUAUCCAUUUCUUGAAAAGGGUUCUUGAGGUUCUAUUUGUUCAUAAAUAUAGUGGUGCGAUGGUUCUUGUUCUUGGUUCGGUGCUCAUAAUUUCAUCCUCCUAUUUUAUGUUGGUUGCAUUCCUAAUCUAUAUCCAACACUUAAUUCAAGGAUAUAGAGAGCCACAAGUUGAUCUAAAGUAUGUUGGUUUAAUGAUAUUUUUUAUUGGAAUAUGUGGCAAUUUUUAUCACCAUUACCUCCUUUCCAAGCUUAGAGACAAGAGAGAACAGGGCUAUAAAAUUCCCCAAGGUGGCCUUUUCAGUAUGGUAAUUUGCCCUCAUUAUCUUUUUGAAAUUCUUGACUUCUUAGGGAUUUCAUUCAUCUCCCAGAUAUCAUUAUCGUUUUCUUGUGUUGUGGGUUCAACUGUAUACCUGAUGGGAAGGAGCUAUGUUACUAGAAAAUGGUAUAUUUCUAAAUUUAAAGAAUUUCCAAACAAUGUAAAGGCUCUUAUUCCAUUUGUUUUCUAGACUUUAUAGCUUGAUGUAAUAAAUGAAUACUUUGUAUCCCAUCCAAUUCUUUAGAAUAUGCUUAGUCGAUUGGGAAA